UAUCAGUUUUUGUGUCAGACUUGAAAGCGUGGUUCAGCUAUCAAGUGUGUGUCGGACGACUUUGACACUUAUCGUCCGAUACUUACGUGGAAGUUCUCAAGAAACACGCUGCAGUGCGUGCGUGGCGUCAGUGUGUUCAGGAGACGUUUGCUUCUGUUUCAGGUAGACAUUCAUAACAGAAGGCAACAAGGAUGGUUUUGCGAUUUCUCCUCAAGGUCUUCCUUUACUUCACCAUUUUCCUCAUUGCCUUGCCGUUUUUACCGGUUCCUUUGGCUUUUGAACCUAAAGCAUUCGUGUCGACGCUUCCAAAGUUUGAGGGUCCUUUAGCACAAAACACGAAACUUGACGACGUAGAAUACCUGCUGAAGGAUGUGGUUUAUGGGCCAGAAUCCAUGGAUGUCCACAAUGGAUUUAUUUACACGGGGACGAUCGGUGGGUACAUUGUGAGGACCACUGGAAGUACAAGAAGCACCGAGACUGUGGCCAAGCUUGGCAAAAAAUGUGGUGGUCGUUGGGAAGAGGAAGUCUGUGGUCGGCCACUUGGGCUUCGGUUUGACAAAAGCGGAAGACUUUUCGUCAUGGACGCUUACUACGGAAUCAACGUUGUCGAUGUUAAGACUGGUUUUGUGAGUCCGUUAGUGCCGGGAGGCGUUGAAGUGGGAAACAAGCCGUUCCUCUUCGGAAACGAUCUCGUGAUCGACGAUACGGACGGGAGCAUCUACUUCACAGAGACGAGCGGCAAGUGGCCCCUCAACAAGAUCGUCUACUCUAUCAUGGAGCAUGAAAACUCUGGAAGGCUCCUCAAGUACAACCCGGCAACCAAAAAGGUAACGGUGUUGCUGGAGGACCUGUACACCCCUAACGGAAUUGAGCUGAGUUACGACAACAAGAGCGUUCUCUUCUCCGAGCUCACCAAGAAGAGGGUUCUAAGGUACCACAUAAAGGGCGAGAGGGAAGGGGACCUGGACGUCUUUGCCGACAAGCUACCGGGAGAGGUGGACAACAUCCGUCGGAGCAAGAGCGGCGGCUACUGGCUCGCCUUCGCUUGCGGCCGGUCGAGAGACAGCCCCAUAGUUGCCGACCGCCUCGGGGAAUUUCCCUUGGUCAGAAAAUCUCUCGUGCGUUUUCUCUACCUGCUGGGCUCAGCUUUGAAGUACGUCACUCGCUACUACGACGCCCCUGCUCUCAAGGACGUUGCGGCUCAGCUGGAAAACGCUUGGGUCGUGUACGAAACCCUGCCCAAGUACGGACUCAUCGUAGAAGUCAACAAGAACGGCGAAGUAGUCCAGAGCCUGCACUCUCCUUCUGGGAAAAUCUCUCUCAUAUCCGAGGUCCUCGAACACGACGGAUACCUCUACCUGGGUUCCUUCCGCAACAACUACCUGGGACGGAUUCAAACGAUAACGUCGUCUGCUAGGUUACUCGAGUUCAAGGUCGUCUGCUCCCGCAAGCGACUUCUGCUUCUUACAACUAUGAUUCUCAAGGCAAUGCUGAAAGCUUUUCUGUAUUUGUUACUUUUUUUCGUGGCGUUACCUUUCCUGCCGAUGCAACUGGACUUCGAGCCACAGGCGAACACACUCACUUUGCCCGAAUUUGUGGGGCCCCUAGAACGAAACGAAAGGCUGGACAACGUAGAAUUUCUCUUCAAGGGACAGCUGAAGGGCCCAGAGUCCCUACCUGUCUACAAGGGAAGCAUUUACACAGGAACAGAGGGAGGACAUAUAUACAAGAUAACUGGCGAUAAGAUCACUUUGGUGACCAAGCUCGGAAAAGAAUGCGAGGGCAUCUGGGAGGAAGAAGUCUGCGGACGCCCGCUUGGCAUGCGCUUCGACAAGCAGGGAAAGCUCUACGUCAUCGACGCGUACUACGGACUGCACGUCGUCGACGUCAACAAGGGGACGGCGCAGAACCUGCUGCCGGGCGGCGCGGAGAUCGAAGGGAAGAAGCUCGUGUUUGGAGACGACCUGGAACUGGGCGACGACGGGGCCGUCUACAUCACCGACGCCAGCAACAGGUGGCCCUUGAAGAAGAUCCUCUACACGGUCGUGGAGCAUGAGAACACCGGACGAGUGUUAAGGUACGACCUCAAGACGAAGAAGACUACGGUUAUCAUGAAGGACCUGCACCUCCCCAACGGCAUUCAGCUGUCUCACGACAAACAGAGCCUCCUGGUUGCUGAGCUGUGCAUGCGAAGAGUACUUAGGUACUACCUCAAGGGUCCCAAGAAGGGUCAGACCGAGGUGUUCGUGGACAACCUGCCCGGCGAACCAGACAACAUCCGGCCAAGCAAGCGCGGAGGAUACUGGGUGGGGUUCGCGACGGCUCGUCCGCGCAGUGCUCCGCAUAUCGGCGACCUGGUAGCUCCGCUACCGAUCGUCAAGAAGGCAACCAUCCGGUUCCUCUACCUGGUCGGAUCGGCGCUGCGGCAGGUCAUCAAGCUGUACCCAGCGGCCGCGCUCAAGCAGCUUGCGGCGCAGUUCGACAACGCAUGGGUGCUGUACGACACCUACCCCAAGUACGGGCUGGUCGUGGAACUAGAUGCGAAAGGCAACAUUGUGCAAUCCCUCCAUUCGCCGAGCUACAAGAUUAGCAUGCUGUCCGAAGUGUUGGAACACGACGGAUACCUUUAUCUCGGCUCCUAUCGGAACCCGUUUUUGGGACGCGUCAAGUUAUGAUCUCGUAUCGGAAGAACCAUAAGCCAUUGUGUGGUUUCCCGUGGAAACCAGCCAUAGUAAACCGGUCUUUUUGCCAACGGCAGAGCUCAAUUUGUUGUGGAACUGCUCUCAAUGUUAUUCGUGUCCUCAAGUUUUGAUAGAAUUUUACCACUGUUACGUAGCUUUGACCCAUGAUUAUAU